AUGAGCACUGUUUAUCCCAUCGUAAACACGAAUUCGGGUCCCGUGAAGGGAAUUUCCCGCAAAAAUGACGUUGGAAAGGUCUUUUACUCCUUUCAGCACAUUCCUUAUGCCCAGCAACCGAUCGGAGAAUUACGUUUUAAGGAUCCUCGUCCCGUAAUUCCAUGGAAUCAACCACUAGAUUGCACGAAAGAAGGUCCAAAAUGCUUCCAAUUCGACAAUUUGAGUGGAGAAUUAGAAUUUUUUGGGUCUGAUGAGUGUUUGGGCGUCAAUAUUUUCACGCCGAAUUUAAAGCCAUGGCGACCUUUACCCGUUUGUGUGUGGAUUCACGGCGGAGGUUUCGUCGUCGGAAGUAGUUCAACGGACAUUUACGGACCAGAUUUGAUCGUAGAGAAAGGCGUCAUCAUGGUUUCGUUCAAUUAUCGUCUCGGAAUUUUCGGAUUUUUGUCGCUAAAAGACCCGAAAUUGGGAGUUCCUGGCAAUGCGGGCUUAAAAGAUCAAUCGAUGGCCUUGAAAUGGAUCAAAGAGAACAUUUCUCACUUUGGCGGCGAUCCAAAUAACAUCACGGUGUUUGGAGGAAGUGCAGGCGGAGCAUCAGUUCAUUACCAAAUGAUCUCGCCAAUGUCCAAAAAUUUGUUCAAUCGAGCUGUGCCGAUGUCGGGAUCAGCUUUAAGUCCAUGGGCAACAGUUCCAACGAUUUAUCCGGAGCUUUUGAAGAGACUCGCGGCUGUUCUACGACUUCCCGAAGACGCAAAUGAUGAAAUUUUGUACGAAGCGCUUUUAAAAUGUGACCCAAAAGAGCUUUUAAUUUACGUCGAAACUUUAAUCAAGCCCGAAGAAAAAUUAAAUAGCGCCGCAGCAUGGUCAAGUUUUCUGCCGCAAGUCGAGCCAUAUGUCAGUGAAAUGUGCUUUUUGCCAGCUUCGCCCUUAGAAUUGGGGAGAAAUGCUUGGUCUCUUGGGAUGGAUGUCAUUUUUGGCGGAUGCGAGAAUGAAGGAUUUUUGUGGAAUGGAUUUUCCGUUGAUGAAGCUGGAAUGAUGGAAAUUAAUAAAAAUAAUGCGUAUUUGUUGCCGAAAGAGCUUUUUGAAGAGCUGGGAGUGGAAGAGGGGAAUUCAAAAGGAAAAAUUUUAAAAGAAUUUUAUUUUGGAGAGAAGGAUGUUUCGCGUGAAAAUUUUGAUAUUUACCUUUCUUAUCUCGACGAAGCAACUUUUUGGCAUCAAAUGUACCGUGCCUUCGUACUUCAACGUCAAAACAGUUCCGGCAAUACUUUUCUCUACAAUUUGAACAUUCCUCCAUCCGUUGACGUUCCUGGCUUCUACAAACUCUUUCGAGACUCUUAUCAACUAACACACAUGAACGGGACGUGUCACGGCGAAGACCUUCCCUUACUUUUCAAAACAAAAUACGAUCGUCGAUUUCAAAAAGGCGACGACAAUUACGCAGCGCAACAAGUUUUCCUCAAUUUCUUCAUUGAAUUCGUGAAAAGAGGCGAUCCAAAUUUCGAAUCGCUCGAAACAACAAACGACGAGCCUUGGAAACCUCUCGAGAAAGGACAAGCCGAAAAUUUGUCAACCUUGGAGAUUCUACGGAAUGAAAUUCGGGUGCAACAAUUGACGAAAGGCGAGAAAAUUAAAGUUUGGAACGGCUUGUAUGACGACAAUAAAGAGCUUCUUAUGUGA